AUGGCGUCCAGUAUCAUCUCACGUGCAUCUAUGGCGCCUACUGACCGUUCCGGAGGCUCGGAGCCUAGGCAUGGCUCGCUGAGGACCUCGAGGUCGUUUCCUCGUGAACAAGCGUCAGACACCCUCGAUCCUUCGAACAGAAUCCAGAGAGCGAACACGUAUCAGAAUGGCGCACCUCCACGAGUCACUGUGGAACAGCAUACAUCACCGCAGAAGCAACAGCGCCAGACGCCCGACACCUUCGAGUCAGAGCCGCCCGAAGAUGAUAUCGAGGCCCCGCGAGCUUCAGUCGACAUGGACGCCAUUCCUAUCGAGUUGGUGAGCAAGACAGACAACUUCAUCGACUCGCUCUCCGCCAGAGUCCACCCUACACCUCCCAACAUCGAGACGCUCUCCAAGCUGUUUCAGGACUUCUACCAUGUCGCCGCACAACAUAUUCAGACCCAUAUCUCCAGUCUCGCGUCUCGCCAAACCCGUGAGAACUCGCCGACUCCGUCCAGUUCCUCGAGAGCCUCUGCCGCAAGCCUGCUGAGAGCCUCUGCCGCCUCUUUUGGAAACAAGGACAAGGCAAAGCCAACGCCAACGAGGAGCCCGGAACAACAGAUGCUCACGGCUGAUGAGUAUGCUGACAGAAAAAAGGCAAGAAAGGCCCUCGAACAAACGAGAAUAUUGUUAGAGGAAGGAGUUGAGAGACGACUAUGUGAGGGCAUCUAUGACCGGAUAUACCGUCACCGGAGCACGCAAGACGAGGCACAAGACGACAGACUAAGAUCCAAAUGCGCUGCACUAGCCCUCGUAGGCAUUGGGCCAGCAGAUCUGGGAGUCGAUCUUGGCGAACCUGCUGAAGAAGGCCCCGAGGGUUUGGCAAAGAAGCAGGACGGGAUCCGACAAUAUUUGGAACAGGCCAGGAAGGAUCUUGCCUUUAUGCACGAGAAGAGGUAUCCCUUGGGCAAGCUCAACUAUCUCAAGGCUGCCCACAAGAGCAUUGUGGACACGCUGUCACACUUUCACCCGUCCUCUUCAGCCGAUGAGAUCAUGCCCAUGCUGAUCUACACCUUGAUAACCAUGCCUCCCGAGAAUCUCAACGUGAUUAGCGACUCGAAUUUUAUCCAAAGAUUCCGCUGGGAGGAGAAGCUUGAAGGGGAGGCUGCAUAUUGCCUGACAAACCUCGAAGCCGCUAUCACCUUUCUGCAGACGGUAGACCUAGCAAGUUUGAGAGCCGAUGAAGCAACCUCAGGACCGUCCAAGUCUGAAGUUCGGCCAGGAGAACUGAGGACGCAAACCUUCCCUCCGGCUUAUACCGCAGGCUUGUCUGCGAACUCACUGAGCCCAGCAAUGGCGACUCCUGAAAAUGUGCCAGGCACCAGACCACAGCCAUCAGGCGCUAGUCUACGAGCAGCCGCUCAGCGUCGUAGACUUAGCGAUCUUAUCCAGACCCCAGCCCAAGCCAUUGGAACUGCGAGCGACUCGUUCUUCAACUCGGCUGAUCAGGGGUUCAAGACUAUCGGUACCAGUCUGGGUGACAGCUACAAAUUCCUGCUUGGUAAACUACGGGACAGCACAGCCGAUGGGCGCGAGCUCAUAGUACCGCGUACGCUGGAUGAUGCGCGGAAAUUGAUUGGGACACCGCCGCCGGAUGAUGACCUUCCCGCUGACGGUUCUGUUUAUGCGCGGAAUGGAGAGGACCGGGACCGCUCUACGACUGGGAGAGACGAUAAAAUUCUCUCCGUCGUGGGGGGCAAGAAGAUUCCCCGAGACCGCAGUGCCGACAGUACGCGGAGUGCAAGUAGCUCCAAGAAGGUGGCUUUUGCCGAAGAGACUAGAGAGACAUCUACCACGACACCACCACCUUCAAACCCGCCUCUUGUGGAGUCCAUGCGCAACCUAGGCACCACUCUCAACCCCAUGAAUCGGUUCACCGGCAUGAGCAUGAUGCGCGGCUUCGGGCGAGCACCCACGAUCCCAACGUCAACGGGCACCAAAGACGCCACUGGCAAUCCGGCAGCAGGCGGUGAUCUCGCAACGGCAUUCCCGUACAUUGCUGUGGCACUGCCGCCAAAGGAUGUGCCGAAGAUCGACCCCCCUAAAAAGAGGUUCAUCGAGCUGCAAAACCCUUCCGAUUUGAGACUUAGUGAAGUGCUCGAAUUACUGCGGGACUACCGACGGCUGGCUGGCGCGCUGAAGGAUAUGGACGCGUUCAAAGAGUAG